AUGUUGCUGCCGCUGCUGGGUGCCUGUUUUGUGGUGGGACCAUUCCAGGACCCUGAGUGGGAGCCAGUGUGGAACCUGCUCUCCCAGAAUCGCAGCUGCAGGGACCCUCGGUGCUGCAGCAACCUGCUCGUCUUCUGCCUCUUUCUGAUCUGGCAGGUCCGGCACUAUUGGCACCAGGUCACCAGGACCCGCCUCAGCAUGAGGAAUGUCAUCUAACUACAGCCAGUCCUUCACACAAGCAGCAGAAUAACCUCCUUCUCUCUCUCUCUUUUUGAAGAAGUGACCCCCUACCUGUUCCUGAGUCUGAACAUUCUCAUCUGGGUGCCAUCACAGAAGUGGGCAGUGUCCUCCAUGAGCCAUGAAACUUUCUUUGGGAUGACUCCUGAAUUCUUCAGUCCUGGCAAGUUCAGGAGCCUGGAGGCUCAUGUCCAACAAUGGGCACACAAGCAGAGAUGGGGAUAUCAGAGGAGCCUCCAGGAAUCACGGACCUUAUACCUUUAUUCUCCACAGCAACCAUGUCAGGGCCCAACUUGGGGUGCCCACACCCAAACUGAGCCCAUACUUUGUACCACUUCCUUUUCAAACAGCUGUCUUCUCCUUCAGGACAGUUCCUGGAAAGCAUGGCGCGUACCCUUGUGUCUCAGUGAUGACCAGACUCGUCCUGCCUUGGACAUGUGCCAAAAAAUGGAGCAGCUGCUAGUUCACUCCCAGGAAAAGUUAGCGGCACUGGAGCCUGUUGUCAGCAUGAGGUCUCACCCCACCUCCAUGACUACCUCUCUUCCAAACCUUCCUUCAGCUUGGAGGCAGCAGUUCUGCCCCAGAGAUUUCCUGCCUGAUCCUUCCAAUCAACCUCUAGGAAUGUGCACCUGGAAGUCCUGGGGCUACCCACAAGAGGCCUGGGUACCAGGGGGUGAAAAACAGACAGUAAGCAGAGAGGAUAGUAGAGAGAUGCAAGCUCUAGGGCCUCUGGGGAGCAACUCCCAAUAG